UGGCUGUGUCCUCUAUGAGAUAUGGAGUCUUGGACACAAGCCAUACACAGAACAAACCAAUGCCGAGGCAAUUGCAAUGAUAACGUCAGGGGAGCACCCUCCUCCACCACCUCCUGGCUGUCCAAAGGCCGUUUAUCAGCUCAUGGGACAGUGUUGGAACAUGACUUCAUCUGAGAGACCAUCCUACACAGAAAUAUUGAAAGUACUGACUUCCAAGAAGGAAGAUGUUCUGGCCAUCCCUCCAGAGGAGGUCGAGGAAGGCCAUUCACUAGCUAUGGUGCUUGGGGCACCUCUGGAGGCUGGGAAACAUUUG